AUAUGUUUGUUAUGUGUUGUAGAUAUCUGGGGAAGCCCCUGUUGUGAAGAAGGCUCUGCAUCAAAUCGCAUCUCGCCUGCAUGAUAAUCCAUCACGAUCUCAGCACUUGCUUACUUCUGCUAUGUCCAAUGUGUAUGCAUCUGGUGGUUCGUUAAUGGGUCCAAGUGCUGGUGCUCCAAUUGUGGGCAUAGCGCCGCUGAUGGGUCCUUAUGGAGGAUACAAGGGUGAUACUGGAGACUGGUCGCGCUCCUUAUACUCGGCUCCAAGGGAUGAAGCAUCUUCAAAAGAAUUUUCUCUUCGUCUAGUUUGUCCCACUGGCAACAUUGGAGGUGUGAUUGGCAAGGGUGGUGUCAUAAUCAAUCAGAUCAGACAGGAGUCUGGGGCAGUAAUUAAAGUUGAUAGUUCCACUGCUGAAGGAGAUGACUGCUUAAUAACUAUCUCAGCAAAGGAGUUCUUCGAAGAAACGUAUUCUCCCACCAUACAAGCAGCUGUGCGCUUGCAACCCAGGUGCAGCGAGAAAGUUGAAAGAGAUUCAGGAGCUGUCUCAUUCACAACCCGCUUACUUGUCCCGACGUCACGAAUUGGCUGCCUUAUUGGUAAAGGAGGAUCUAUUGUAACAGAGAUGAGGAGACUUACCAAAGCUAAUAUUCGCAUACUCUCAAAGGAAAACCUUCCCAAGGUUGCAUCUGAAGAUGAUGAGAUGGUGCAGAUUUCUGGAGACCUAGAUAUUGCCAAGGAUGCUCUUAUACAAGUAGUUACACGAUUGAGAGCUAAUGUUUUUGAUAGAGAGGGUGCAGUGUCUGCAUUCCUUCCUGUUCUGCCUUAUCUGCCUGUGUCAGCAGAAGGUUCCGAUGGUAUAAAUUAUGAGAAUAGAGAUAGUAAAAGACAUGGACGAGGACAUUCUUAUUCUGGUGGUUAUGGUGGCUCAGGUGACUUGGCAGCUGCUGACAGUUAUGGAGGUUAUGGUGGCUCUCAGAUUGGAGGUAGUGGCAGUGCUUAUGGAGCUUAUGGCAGUUAUUCUUCAGGGCGUACUGGUAGCUCUGGGUUGUCAGGCCAGACCCCUGUUUCUCGUCGGAGAAACUAUGGUUACUAGUGUUUGUUGGUUGGUGCCUGCAGUGGAACUGCUUGACAAAAGCAUUGACUAAUGAUAGUACGGCAGAAUAUUUUACUGAAGUUGCGGCAACAUUAUUAGCUAGGCAUGGGUUGGUGAUUAUGGAGACAUCUGUUUUAAGGAUAGGAUCAGGUGUGCACCCAAUAGUGUUUAUCUUUCAGCUCCAAUGAUGUGUGUGGCUGUACUACUGAAACUCAUGCUUUUUUAAAAGUUCUAUUUGGCAGUUGCAUUGGCUUCCUGGCGGUUUCAUUUUAAAAUGAAAUAUAUAGUGAUACUGAUGGAGUUCAUGGCUGAAGUCGGUUAUAAAGAUGCCAGCUUUUAAGGUCUGGUUGCUGGGAAAUUUUUUUGGUGCAUGCUUUUGGAGGCGGAUUUGGAGAUUUCUUGCGUGUAGUUGAUAAAUAAUGAUUCUUGGGACUUGUUAAAAAAAGGUUAAUACAUCAUGAUCCUUGGGGUAGGUCAGAUCUCUUCACGCCCCCGUAAAGAGUGGGCUCAAUGGGAUGCAAAUUUCUAGCUCACCAAAUGUUAAUAUAAGUUUCAUGUGCUAUUCCUUUUGCAGGUUCCACAAGUAUCGUCUUCAUAGAAGGCAGGUACAACCUGAGAAUGAACAUCGUAAACAGGCAAGUUCCAAUUUGGUUUGUUGAGAAUUCAAAUUGCCUUUCAAUUUUUCA